AUGGAGACGCAGGAGGCUCCAAAGCAAGAACCCGUCGACAGAUGUUCUGACAGCUGUUUCAUUUCUUUCUUCUGUCCACAGAACAUCUUGGCCAAGGCGCUGUAUGACAACGUGGCGGAGUCCCCUGACGAGCUGUCCUUCCGUAAAGGUGACAUCAUGACGGUGUUGGAGCGAGACACGCAGGGUCUGGACGGGUGGUGGCUCUGCUCGCUCCACGGCCGCCAAGGCAUCGUCCCCGGGAAUCGCCUGAAGAUCCUGGUUGGCAUGUAUGACAGCAAGCAGCAACCACCAGGCACGCCUUCCACACAGGAUGCAGAUGCUACCUGUCCCACCCCCCAGGUGCAGCGACCCCUUCCUGCUCAGAGCGUCUAUGUCAAACCAACACCUGCUGGCUCUGCUAAUCAGCCCCUUCCUUCGGUCCAGUACACGUCCAUGCACCCGGCUUUCUCUAGUUCUAGUGCUGCAAAGAGCAGCCCUGACUCUAUUUACAUGAUGCCCCCCUCCCACGGUCCAAAGCUGAGCUCCCAAAGUCUGUAUCAGGUUCCCUGUGGUCCAAGCGGACCGUCUGCACAAGCCCAGCCCGGACCGCCUAGCAAGGCCCCGAUUCUUGGUCAGAGACAGUUUCAGCUGCCGGGGAAGGAUAUCUACCAGGUGCCUCCUUCUGCAGGUCCUGGUCCUGGUCCUGGUCCAGGGCAGGCAGCAGCUUCUGGUGGGGGUACAGCACCUGGUCAGGACGUGUACCAGGUGCCCCCCUCCCUGGAUAAGAGGAGCUGGGAGAGCAGCAGCAAGCCCCAUGGCAAGGUGGUGGUUCCUACUCGUGUUGGACAGGUUUACGUGUACGACACGGGGAAAACGGACCAGGACGAGUACGACGUCCUGCCUAGACAUCAACCUCCAGCACAACAGGACAUUUAUGAUGUGCCUCCUACCCGCCAGCAGUACAGCACUCAGGUGUAUGACACUCCUCCCAUGGUAGUAAAGGGGCCCUCUAGUGGUCAAGACAUAUAUGACACCCCAGUGAGCUCAGACAAGAACCCCCAGCAGACAGUUUAUGACUUCCCCCCAUCAGUGAGUAAAGACGUUACUGACGCCCACCCAGUCAGGGAGGAGACCUACGACGUGCCACCCCACUUUGCUAAACUGAAGCUCCACCCACCUGUUACCUCUGGCCAUUACCUGCACAACAACAUCAGCGACGACGACGAGCCGCCAAUCCCAGAGGACGUAUAUGAUGUCCCACCCCCCAUCUUGACUGACAAGCAUUACCUCAGAGACAGGGGCACAGUCAGCCAGCCCCCCCAGGAGAUCUAUGACAUCCCAGCAGUUCUGCGUGCCGGAGAUGUCCCUGUCCAAGACGUUUACGACUUCCCACGCGAACGGGAGGACAGAGGGGAGAGGGGAGACCAGUAUAUCUACGAUGUCCCCCCACAGGUUGUUCGUGAUGCCCAGUCAGCCAGCGAGGAGCUGACCGUGUCCUUCAAACGCCUGUCGGCUUCAAGCACAGGAAGCUCACGGAGCAACCACUCGUCUUCAUCAUUAGACAUGGUCCCUGUCCGCGAUACCCCCUCAUUUCCUGGUCCUGGCCCCAGUUCUGGGAAACCCCUGGUCUUGGACCUUGAUCAGGCCAUGGAGCGUCUUACUCACCUGCAGCAGGCUGUUGAGUCCAGCGUUUCCUUCAUGAUGUCCUUCAUCACAGGAAGCUGGAGGAGCCCCGCUCAGCUUGAGGGGAACCUCCCUGCCAUUCGUCAGGCUGCUGACCGGGUGCGCGCCACUGUCCGAGACUUCCUGGAGUUUGCGCGUGGCGCGGUUGCCAACGCUGCCCAGGCCACCGAUCGUUUGCUGCAGACCAAACUGGGUCGUCAAGUGGGGAAGAUGGAGGAGGUCUUCCAGAGUUUGAUCAGGCACAGUCAGAGCUUAGACAGCAUGUCGUGGUCACACACGGCACUCUCAACUCCAACACCAGGAGGCGACGACUUGGAUCGACUGAUCAUGACAGCGAGAGGCAUCCCUGAUGACGCCAAGCAGCUGGCGUCUUUUCUCCAUGGCAACGCCUCGCUGCUGUUUAAAAGGACAAGCCGGCAGCAGCAGCAGCAGCAGCUGCCUCUUCCUCCAAUCCCAGCGGAGAUCAGUGGUCAGGUGACCGGCUCGGGAAGUGGAACCUACCAGGGAGGGGAGAAAGUCCACAUCCAGUCACGACCCCUCCCUUCUCCUCCAAAGUUCACGGCUGCAGAUGAGGAAGAAGGCGUGGAGAGGCCAUACGAGGCCUCAGAGGAAGGCUGGAUGGAGGACUAUGACUACGUCCAUUUACAGGGGAAAGAAGAGUUCGAGAAGAACCAAAGAGAGCUGCUGGAGAAAGGCAACAUCAUCCGACACAACAAGACACAACUGGAGCAGCAGCAGAUUAAACAGUUCGAGUGGCUCGAGCAGGAAGUCAGCCGGCCGAUCAACAACGACCUGACCGGCUGGGCCCCCGCCCCGCACCGUCCUCUGGCCAAACCGUCGUCCAAGAACAGCCCCGGAGACCCUGCACCCUCCAAGCUGUGCCACGGGGAUCGCCAGCUCCUCCUCUUCUACCAGGAGCAGUGCGAGCAGAACGUCACCACCGUGAACAACGCCAUCGAUGCCUUCUUCACCGCCGUCAACUCCAACCAGCCGCCAAAGAUCUUUGUGGCUCACAGCAAGUUCGUCAUCCUCAGCGCGCACAAGCUGGUGUUCAUAGGCGACACGUUAUCACGGCAGGCCAAGUGUCCCGAGGUGAGGGCCCGGGUGGCCCAGAGCAGCAACACCCUGUGUGAGAAACUCAAAGACAUCGUGAUCAGCACCAAAACAGCAGCGCUGCAGUAUCCCUCCCCCGGAGCAGCCAGAGAGAUGACGGAGAGGGUGGGGGAGCUGGCGGGGUGCACACAGCAGUUCAGAAUGGUGCUGGGACAGAUCCUGCUCAUGUAG